UUCACGUUUAGUUUGGUCACGUUAACUGCGGUUACAAGUUCGGACAUGUUUCAAACGGUGGAAGACGCCAACCAUAAUAUCUACUGUUUGUCGUGAAACCCGGCACAAAUGGGCGUCAAGUAUUUUUACUCGCUGUCCGCGGUCGCUUGUUUCACGGUGGUAUGCGUCAGUUGCGAUUUAUCGUCAUCGGCCGAAGAGGAAACGGCGGCCGCGUCUUACGAGGAUACGAAAAGGUCGCUGUACGAUGAUGACAGUGCACUGGAGGCAACGCAUGUGGGCAGUGGAUCUAGCGGUCGGUCACUGAAGCGGUUCAUUGUGCCAAUCAGCACUUCGGACUUAGGGCUUGAAACUUCCAGCACCAGACCGUACUUCAUGCACCAACAUGUGCAACACCACAAAUACCCCCGAAACCAGCAGCAACAGCAGCAACAUAACCAUUAUAACCAACACCCACAGCAUCAACAGCAGCCACAUAAUCAUCAGCAACAACAACAGCCGCAACAGCAGCACCAAUUGCCGCAGUCACAGCAACAGCAUCAUUCACAUCAAUACUACCACCAAGGUAGGGGAGCGGCUGCUGUCGAUCAUUUCGGGUUCGGGCCUUCGUCUUCGAGUGGCACCGGCACUGGUGGUGGUGGAGGUGGUGGUGGUUAUAACACAGAUCAGUCCGACAGCUUUUACCAGUCGUUGGGCGGCGGAGGAAGCAGCGGAGGUGGCGGCGAGAAUAUUAACUUCGAUACGACAGGUUUCACAGAUUUCGUGCCGUCAUCUGAGUUCCGGUCAACCAGUUCGCCGACCAUGCCAUCAUCUUCGUCACCGUUCUCGGCUUCUCCGCAACAUCUGCAAUCGUCAUCGCCUUUUAACGAGCCGGCGGCGCCAUUCCAUCAGUCGUCAACGUUUGACGGCGGAUCAAGUGGUGGUCAGCUGCAACACAUAACGCCGUCAUUUGAUUCAACCGAUUUUGGGCACGACAGCCCUCUGGCUGGUUAUGGCGGCGGCGGAGGUGGUGGUAGUGGAUCUUCGGCUUAUGGUUCAGGUGGUUAUGAUUAUGCAUCGCAUCAUCAAGCACCCGUCAUACACAAGUCGAUAUACGUACACGUUGCACCACCUGACGACGAUCCGCCGCGUAAACAGCGCGUCAUUCUGCCCAAUGUGCCACCUAAGAAGAAUUAUCAGAUCGUGUUCAUCAAGUCACCCACUCCGCCAUCAAUCGCUGCACCCAUCAUACCACCUCCGCCACCACAGCCGGCUGACAAGACGCUCAUUUACGUGUUGCACCCCAAGCAGGAAGAGGCACCGCCUAUACACAUACCGCCACCACCAGUCACGCAGCCGCUUAAGCCUGAAGUAUACUUCAUUAAGUACAAGAACCGCGAAGAAUCACACAGUGGUGGAGGUGGGGAAUACGGAACCGACCAUGGGGGUGGCGGCGUGGGUGGUGUUCUGCCAUCACCGGGCGAAGAGUUUGGCGGUGGUGGUGGUGGUGGUGGAGGUGACAUUUCCGGUUACGUGCACCGGAGGUACGGACGAGGAGACCUACAGACGUCAACGCCGCCAUCGACCGCUACGGCCUCCAUUGCUGACACAGACGUCACCACUACCGCCGAAGUCACCUCUACCGAACACUUUGAUGACGGUGACGGUAUGACACCGGAACAACGGGAAAUGAUCGAGGCUGAGACGACUUCCGCGGCCGCCACCGCCGGGACGUUCACUUCCACAGCGGCAGACUUAGAUCCCGAGUCGUCCGACGAAAACGUCGACGAACUGAUGCUUCGGGGCGGCUAUAGUACAGAGUACAACGAUGCGUCCGUUGACAGCACGAACCUAAGCGAGACCCACGUCCAGCUGUUUACCGCCGCACCCAAAGGCAAAAACGGCCAUUGAUGUAUACUUAAUAAUAUUAUUUUAGUUUAUUCGUGUAACCACGUAUACCUUAAAUUAAGCUAUAAUGAUUAAAUAAUAAUAAUACUAAUAUGUCGAUUGUAAAAUAUAUAAAAGAAGA